AAAUGGUAGUGCACAAAAGUACUUACACUAAAUUAUAAGAACACUGUUGUGUUUUAAGAAUUCAAAGCUCGCAUAUUAUUUAUUUGAGGCCUGCACCAAGUUUUAGUAGAAUGACGACACCCUCAGUCAAACGUGCAACCACGAAACUCGCACAAGAAUAUUGGCAUGAUCGAACUGCCAAAAUGAAAAGCUUGGAUUCUAACGGCCAGAAUGGAGGUUGCCAAGUGUUGGGAUAUCAAAGCAAUCCAGCAUUUUCCAAAAGAAAGAAAAAUCCAGACAAUGGAAAGAAGAGAAUAACCUGCAAUUCUGCCUUUAUGUAUAUUACCUUUCUGCUGACCAUAGGCUUAUUCAAGAGGACCCUAUUUUCAUUCUCGUGCAAUCGCUGUUGGAAAGACUCUUAAUGCCAAAUUUGAUUCUUCUUACAAGCCCAAUUGCCAACUUCAGGGAUUUUGCAAGAACUUAAUUAGUAGUAGUCAUUUUCUGCAUCCUGCUCUCAGCUUUCCGUUUUCUUGAUUGUCCUGGAAGGAUUUCUGUACAACAGGACAGAUUUUUGUUUCUUUCAUAGUUCUUGCCCAGGUUUCAGCCGGCAAUCAGCAUCUAGUCGCAUAGAGACCCAUCAUCGCCCGAUAAUCAAUCAAGGGUUUGCUUUCUGAUCUUUCUUGGGGUUGGCAAGGAGCCCUCAGGAGAGGUUUACCAUCUCCAAAUACCCCAGUUCAUCUGCUGUAUCAGACACCUGUAAGAGUUGACGACGAUGGAGCAAUUCCGGCAGAUUGGAGAGGUGAUUGGAAGUCUCAAGGCAUUGAUGGUCUUUCAGGAUGACAUACAAAUUAAUCAGCGACAGUGUUGCUUGCUGGUUGACAUGAUGAAUCGUGCUUAUAAAACAAUUGCCAAGGAGAUGCAACAGAACCUGAGAUUUGAAGAGAAGAGUACGAAAUGGAAGGUGCUUGAAAGUCCCUUAAGAGAGCUCCUCAGGAUAAUUAGGGAAGGAGAAAUUUACAUCCGGCAGUGCCUAGAAACGAAGGACUGGUGGGUUAAAGCUAUAAGGCUUUAUCAGAAUUCAGACUGUGUUGAGUUCCAUAUACAUAACCUGCUCUGCUGCAUCCCCAUUGUUAUUGAAGCAAUUGAAAUUGCUGGAGAAAUGUCAGGAUGGGAUCAAGACGAGAUACAAAAGAAGAGACUUCUUUACUCGUUGAAGUAUCGAAAAGACUGUAAAGAUCCCCGAAUCUUUCAGUGGAAGUUUGGUAAUGAAUAUCUAGUUAGCCAAGAUUUCUGCAAUAGGUUACAUUCAGUGUGGGAUGAGGAUAGAUGGGUUCUGUUGAGAAAACUCCAAGAGAUACAAAUUUCUGGUUCAGUAAGUUCAACAAAGCAGGAGCAGCGACUCGCUGAUCUUCUUCUGAAGAACUUAAGUGUGUCAGGACCAGUUGAAGAGAAGCUCCUGCCUUCCUCCACCUUAGUGAGCUCUAAGGAUUACCAGGUCAGGCGGCGGUUAGGAAGUGGAAGCCAGUACAAGGAGAUUCAAUGGUUGGGUGAAAGCUUUGCUCUGAGACACUUUUUUGGGGACAUUGAACCAAUGUUUCCAGCAAUCUCUCAAGAAUUAGCUCUUACUCAUCCUAAUAUUAUGCAUAUCUUUUGUGCAUUUACUGAUGAGGAAAGAAAGGAAUGCUUCUUAGUUAUGGAACUCAUGAACAGAGAUCUUUCCAGUCAUAUAAAAGAAAUUUGUGGACCAAGGAAGCGAAUUCCAUUUUCUCUUCCUGUUGCAGUUGACCUUAUGCUUCAGAUUGCAAGAGGAAUGGAAUAUCUCCACUCAAAAAAAAUCUAUCACGGAGAUUUGAAUCCUUCAAACAUUCUUGUAAAAUCCAGAAACAUCAAUACAGAUGGUUACUUGCAUGCAAAAGUUCGCACAUUUGGACUUCUCUCCUCUGUCAGCCUCCCUCAGAAAUCCAAUUCCAAUCAGAAUGGGCAGCUUCCAGUCAUCUGGUACGCUCCAGAGGUGCUAGCAGAUCAAGAACAAUCAGGCAAUGCUGAUAACUCCAAGUACACGGAGAAGGCAGAUGUGUAUAGUUUUGGGAUGAUUUGCUUUGAGCUUUUAACAGGGAAAGUCCCUUUUGAAGAUGGCCAUCUCCAAGGAGAUAAAAUGAGCAGAAACAUUAGAGCAGGGGAAAGACCACUAUUCCCAUUUCACUCGCCAAAAUAUUUGACGAAUUUGACAAAAAAGUGCUGGCACGAUGACCCAAACCAACGUCCAAGUUUUGCAUCCAUCUGCAGAAUUCUCCGGUACAUAAAGAGAUUCUUGUUGAUGAACCCUGAUCAUAGCCAGCCAGAAACCCCAGUGCCACUCGUGGAUUACAGUGAAAUUGAGACAGUGAUCUUGAGGAGCUUUCCUUCUUGGGCAGAAUCCAAUAUGUUGCCCAUAUCAGAGAUUCCCUUUCAGAUGUUUGUAUACAGGGUAGCAGAGAAGGAAAAAUCAAAUACAAGCCAGAGAGAAAAUUCUGAAUCAGGAAGUGAUGCUUCAGCAUGUGGGGAUGAAAGUGCAACUGUGGAUGAUCCAUUACCAUCACCCUCUGAAAGGAGGUCUUGUGCCUCUCCAGAAACUAUGAACAGGAGAAUGCUAUCGUCCAAAAAAUCAGCAGAUGUCAAACCCAUUAAACAGCCAGGGACACCAAAGGGUCGAGUAAGGCCCCCUCCUAUGUCUUCUUGUGGACGGACUAUGAGGAUGAAUUCAGAAAGCCAGUUAAUGGUAAUGAGUCCAAGACGGAGAGCAUCUGGUCACGUAUCAGAUUCAGAGCUCUCAUAGCCCUUUGUACGAGAGUAUACAAAUUAACCAGAAAUAUGCCCCGAAAGCAAACCAAAUGGAAGUGGCAUGCACAUCCACUCGCAGUUUCUGGGCAGAGUGGAGAAUCUAGGGAUAGUGCACAAAGUCAUGGUUUCUAUUACUCACAGUUUGCUGGUAUUAGAGACUUAGAGUGAAGUGAUUAAAUAGAAAUCUAAAAAAUUGCCAAAUGCAAAGACAAUGUUGCUAUGCACCGUCAGACCCGGAGACCGUAGAGGCUCCUACAAGACCUCAGUUGUGAAGCUAGAAGUUCUUUGUUUUAGCCAAAUUUUUUGAAGAUCAGUGUGACUAUACUAAGUUCCUCAUGUGAGGUACUCCAAGAUAAAAAUGUGAUGGAAGUCAUCUUUUUGGUGUUUGCUCUAGCAGGAUUCUGAAGUCUUGUUUUCCCCUGGAUUUCUGGUGGUUUCAUUCCUGAUAUGUAUCUCUUUGUGGGGAUUUGCCGGAUCAACAAGAUUAUGUGUAAAUGCCCUCGAGAUGUGUUCAUCAGAACCAAACAAUCACAAUCUAAAGUUAAGGCACCAUUGAUGAGAUAUUAAUGUUACUUUACGUAGAGACCUUUGAAGAUUGAACUUGAAAGAACUGCUCCAAGCAAGUUGAACUGCUGUCAGCUUCAUUUUAUCACUGCACAAAGGCCAUG